AUGGUAGAUGUCAUAUUGCACUGGUUUUCAGGUUUCGUUUCGUUUCAAAUCAACUUCCAAAAGGUCUUGAUCCUUAUUACCCUUCUAGCAUUCAUCUCAUCGUGGACGUACAAGCUCAAGGUUCUCAACAAGUAUUCGUUCCUUCCGAAGACACCUCAACUUACAAAGACAUUCAAGAACCAAGCUGCAUUCCGUGAUUUGAACCCCAACCUACUCCUGAAUUCCAAGCAUCUCUUCAGCAAUCAUGACCAUUUCAAUAAUUAUCUCGACGAGUUUCUCAGCGCGAUCAGAGUUUUCGGGUUCUUGGAGAAACCCGUUUUUCAUGAGUUGGCUCGACAUCUCCAAACACGUCGGUUAUUGGCAGGUGAUACGUUAAGCUUAGAUGAGGAUAAAUCGUUUUAUAUUGUUGUAGACGGAUCUGUCCAAGUCUUUGCUCAAACUUCUGAUCGAGCCCGUCCAGGCCAGAACCCUGGCUCACCAGCCGGCGACGCAUACAACGAUCGACUGGCGUAUGAUAAUGAAGAUGACAAUGGUUUUCAACUCUUGAAUGUUGUCGAAUCCGGUGGUACACUCAGCAGUCUUUUUACUAUCCUCAGCUUGUUGACCGAGGGCGUAAAGUUAAGAUACGAAGAAGAUGAAAGCCAGACCGAUGAACCAUUUUCGCCGCAUUUUGUCGACAGCUCCCCAAAGCAGUCCCAUGGAUCGCAUCAUCUGCCGACUACCUCAAGCACACCGGUUCCACCCGCCACAUCUUUACCCUCGGAAAUCGAAAAAAAUCACGGAGACCAGCAGGCUAUCAACUCCAUUGAGUCGGCCCGUGACGACCAAAGAAAAUUUCCUGAUUGGAAUAAAGAUAAUAAUGAGGAUGGCGCUGAUACAGAUGAUGAUGGACAGUCCGUGGAGACCAGUCGGAGAAGUACUUACACUUCAAAAACCGCCACUCGACAAUCGCCCAAUCGUCUUGCCUCACACCAAGGCUCUAGGAAAGACGCUUCACAAUUUCCUCCAGCGCCCGAGACUGGUAAUCAAUUGCCAGACAGAAACUGCGAUCACGGGUUCGACCGCAGAAACGAUCGCUAUGCUAGCUUCAGCCCACUUCCGCAGCACCAUGGAAGUCCCUAUGCCACAGAUCCAACCCCCAAGAAGUCGCGUGAACCCUACCCCAGGCAUAUCCGUGAUGACAUUUUCGAGAAUGCUCAACCCAAAGAAGCGACUAUAGCUAGAGCUACCAAAGAUACCACUUUGGCCGUCAUACCUUCGGAAGCAUUCAAACGAUUGACAUGGAAAUUUCCUAACGCUGUAGCGCACAUUGUCCAGGUCAUCCUGGCCCGUCUCCAGCGAGUAACUUUUUUAACGUCCCAUCGGUACUUGGGACUGACCAAAGAGCUACUACGAACCGAAAAAGCGUUCAACGAAAUUGCGUGUUAUCCACUUCCUCCAUCAUUUUAUGAAGAUGGUGGGAUGAUUCGACUACGACACCGGUUCAUGCCGAGUAGCAAGCUGGCCGACGAACCCUACGUUAAAGCUGGGGGUCACAUUAACUCAGAAUACAACGUGAAUUCAGCCUCCCGUUCCUCAAUGAAUGAGUUUUUCAAACAGAGCGCGGCCAAAAAUGAACCUCAGCAAUCAUGGAGUGACCUGUAUGUAGACAUUUCCAGAUCUACACCCCACCAUGGCGCUUGGAGUCCAGAUUCUAGUGGCGAACACUAUCCAAGGCGAAGGUCUCGACACCGAUAUAGCAAUCUUUCGCACGAUUUAUCUGCUCCAUUCCAGAUGCCUCUCUCUACGACAAAUCAUUUGCAUGAAGAUCUUGCGUUGCGAGAGCUGGUGAUGAAGAGCAUCGCCAAAUCGAUUGGUUUGGUUCAGCAACCACCCUCCAAAAACCGGGGGUCUCACAAAGGCUCAGCCAGUCACGUGCAUCCCUCGUCCCCGACUCCAUUCUCCAGUGCAUCGAGAGCAGGAUUCUCACCUGACCCAUCGCUCCAGGGUAGUGUCGGUGGUAAAUCAGCUCUUCGACCCGGAUUUCGGUCAGGAUUAGGUUCGUUAUCGUAUCUCAAGACAUUGGGAGAUUCAUCGCGUGAAAGACGAGAUGAAUUUCAGGACACCGCUAGUAGCGUGGCGUCCUCCUCAGCAAUGCUGGACGAGGAAGAAGAGAAAGAAGAUUUGCCAAACGAGGUCGAGAUCAUGUAUUUCCCCAAAGAUAGUACGUUGGUCAAAGCCGGCGAACGGAACGCGGGCUUGUACUUCGUUAUCGAUGGCUUCCUCGAUGUGUUCAUGCCCCCUGAACAUGACAAGAUGAGCAAAAGUAACAUAAGCUCUGAGAAACCCGAAUUCAAGAAAGGACACCAACCACAAACAAGACCAGGAUCGAAAGGAAGAAAUGACUCCGGUGAUACCGAUUUCAGCCGUUUAAGCAGCGACCAUGCUAAAACCCAAAAAUCGAAGCCCACCAAAUCCACUCGAAAUCAGAGCAAAUCGACGGCUGUACCGAAGGCCUCCAACCAAAAGGCUCAACAAAAAACUGAGCCCAAAAAAGAGCAAACCAAAUUGUUCACUAUCAAGCCUGGCGGAAUCGCCGGAUACCUCGCUUCGAUCUCUGGCUUCCCUAGUUAUGUUGAUAUUCGGGCCAAAACUGAUGUUUACGUUGGGUUCUUGUCGGCUAAAGCCCUUGAGCGCAUAAUGGAUCGGAGACCAAUUGUAUUGCUGACCUUGGCCAAGAGAUUGAUCAGCUUAUUGUCCCCUUUGGUUCUUCAUAUCGACACAGCGUUGGAAUGGAUGGCCGUCGACGCUGGUCAGAUCAUAUAUCGCGAAGGAGAUAGCAGCGACAAUUUAUAUAUAGUCAUUGGUGGUCGAUUACGUUCUAUUUCUGAACAAAAUGACGGCGGGGUAGAAAUCUUAGCGGAGUAUGGACAAGGUGAAAGUAUUGGCGAGCUGGAUUGCAUUACGAACACGAGUCGAAAGUCGACAUUGCACGCAAUUCGCGAUAGCGAAUUGGUUCGAAUUCCCAUGACCUUGUUCAAUGCGAUUUCAAUCAGACAUCCCGCGAUCACCAUUCAAGUUUCGAGAUUGAUCGCGUCUCGAGUCCGCUGUGAGGUUGACGCUAGCAAGUCAAACUCUCUCAAGAGUCGAUUCCACGGGCCGGAUUACGCUGUUAGCAAGAAUCUGACGGGUACUGCUGGGGCAGAUGAACCUGGAAGAGGUUCGAUACGUGAUUUGGGGAUGAGCAACUUUAAUCUAAAGACCGUCGCAAUCAUUCCCAAUACCAAGGAGGUGCCGAUCGUCGAGUUUGCGACGAGACUCAAAGCCGCACUUAGCCAGAUGAAUGCAAGCACGAAGAUGUUGGACCAAUCUGCUAUUUUGUCGGUCCUCGGACGACACGCGUUUAGUCGAUUGGGGAAAUUGAAACUCACGGGAUGGCUUGCCGAACUGGAGCAGAAGUUUAGAAUCGUGCUAUACGUGGCAGAUACAGCCGUUAACGCUCCUUGGACCCAAACGUGCAUCAGACAAGCUGAUUAUAUCAUGGUAGUCUGUGAUGGAGGAAGUCAGCCUGAAAUUGGGGAAUACGAACGACUUUUGAGUGGUAUGAAAAUAACUGCUCGAAAGGAGUUGGUCCUUCUCCACCCCGAUCGCAAUGUGCCUGCAGGUUCUACGCGGCCUUGGCUCAAAAACAGGCCUUGGUUACACGCCCACCAUCACGUUGAAAUGGCCGGCGCCACGCCUUUGAACAACAAUCAUCUCGAUGAGCUCCUCCCACUGACAGCGCUGAGACAACUGAAAAGACGAGUUCAGACGCGACUAUCGAAAUAUCGAGGCUAUCAGAUGCCCAGUGAAUUCCAGAUUAUCAAACGAGGGUUGGCAACCAACGACUUUGCAAGACUAGCGAGACGACUAUGCGGGAAAUCGAUCGCAGUCGUCUUGGGAGGUGGCGGAGCGAGAGGGAUCAGCCAUAUCGGAGUCAUCAAAGCCUUGACAGAAAAUAAUAUCCCGAUUGAUAUGAUUGGCGGCACUUCGAUCGGUUCCUUUAUUGGCGGUUUAUAUGCAAGAAACUCCGACUUGAUCUCUACUCUGGGAAGAGCCAAGACCUUUAGCGCCAGGAUUGCUACGUAUUGGCGAUUAUUGACCGAUUUGACAUAUCCUGUCGUCGCAUAUACUACUGGCCAUGAGUUCAAUCGGGGUAUUUACAAAUCAUUUUAUGAUUACCAUAUUGAGGAUUUUUGGUUGCCAUUUUGGGCAAAUACGACUAAUAUCACUUGGUCCCGUAUGGAAGUACACACCACCGGAUAUGCAUGGAGGUAUAUCAGAGCUUCGAUGUCGUUGGCGGGGCUUUUACCACCUUUGUGUGAUGAUGGAGACAUGUUGGUUGAUGGAGGCUAUAUUGAUAACUUACCAGUCUCGGUAAUGCUUAGGAUGGGUGCAGAUUCAGUCUUUGCAGUAGAUGUCGGAUCGAUCGAUGAUACUUCCCCUCGGAACUUUCCUGAGUCGCUCUCUGGAUGGUGGUUGUUGAUCAGAAGAUUGAAUCCAUGGUCUUCGGCUUACCAAAUCCCAACCAUGACAGAUAUUCAAAGUCGUUUGACGUAUGUGUCGAGUGUAAAAACUUUGGAGGAUGCUAAAGCCACCCCCGGUGUGCUCUACAUGCGAAUGCCUGUGACUGAGUUCACAACCUUAGGAUUUGGCCGGUUCGAAGAGAUCCUCAAGAAAGGAUACGAGGCAGCCAAGGAGAUGUUGAAAGAGCUGGACUCGGAAGGGAAAUUACCGACCGGAUUGGAUGAUGGUACAAAUGGAUCUGAUUCGAUCAUCGGCAUACCGGGUCACGAGCCUUAUCACACCUCCAAGAAUGGUGGCAAUGGAUCCAUGUCAGAGAUUAGUAAAAGACAACGACUCAACGUCAGGCGCAAUAGUGUUUGA